UUUUUGCACGAGAUUUCUCCAAGUACAGUACUAAAGGGGAAAAACACCACCACCAAUUCUUGAGAUUACCUAUUCCAGUGCUUGUGGAAGCUCUAGCUCAGAGGUUACAGAACGACCAUGAUGAAGUUAAUACUAUCACUCCUUUCCCUGGCUAAUCUGCUGCAAGUAGUUCUGUGCCUGAGAAUCGCCGCUUUCAACAUUAGGAGCUUUGGUGAGACCAAGAUGUCUAAUAACACCAUUUCUGACUAUAUUGUGAUGAUCUUGAAUCAGUACGAUAUUGCCUUGGUCCAGGAGGUGAGGGACAGCCAUCUGACAGCUGUGGGGAAACUGAUGGAUAAACUCAACAGAGACUCACCAAAUGCCUAUCAUUUUGUGGUCAGUGAGCCUCUAGGGCGGAGCACUUAUAAAGAACGCUAUCUCUUUGUAUUCAGACCCGACAAAGUGUCUGUCCUAGACAGCUAUUACUAUGACGAUGGCUGUGAGCCCUGUGGAAAUGACACCUUCAGCCGGGAGCCUGCCAUUGUCAAAUUCUCCUCUCCAGCUACAGAGGUGAGAGAGUUUGUCAUCGCGCCUCUGCAUGCAGCCCCCAAUGAUGCUGUUACCGAGAUUGAUGCUCUCUACGAUGUCUACUUAGAUAUCCGCCAAAAAUGGAACACAGAGGACAUUCUGUUCAUGGGAGACUUCAAUGCUGAUUGCACCUAUGUCACUCCUUCCCAAUGGACAUCUAUCCGUCUGCGCACCAACCCUGCAUUCCAGUGGCUAAUCCCUGAUACCACAGACACCACCGUGACGCCUACUGAUUGUGCUUAUGACAGGAUUGUGGUCUCUGGAACUAAGCUACAAGGAGCCAUUGUGCCUCAAUCAGCCACCAUAUUUGAUUUCCAGGAAGCAUACAAACUGAGUCACGAAAUGGCUCUAGCCAUCAGUGAUCAUUAUCCCGUGGAGGUGACACUGAAGAAAGCCUGAAUCUCCAUGACGACCAUAUUCACCUAACUUCCUUACUUCAUCUACUUCCCUACCUUUCUCUCUACUUAAUAACCAUCUCUAGCAAAAACGACAGCCAAAGUCACCAAAAGAACUGAAAAUGAGGGCUGAUGCCUUCUUUUGACCUCAUCCCCCUCAUACAGGCUCCUAAAUGUCAACACGAAAAGUAUUCUAUCAUUAGAUUUGGACAAACUGGCUAUAGGAUCUGCUAAAGACACAGGUGUUCUCUCUGAUUUAGUUACAAAUGCUAACUACUACCUUCAUGGACCUGAAAAAGACAACUAUGUGUAUUGGGUUUUAAAACUGAUACUUGAUCCCAGUCAGGGGCCUGAAAACACCCAUUUCUGAGUUGUUACAGAACUAAAACACAGGUAAUUACAAAGACCUUAAAUGGAAUCUAAGAAAGCCUUUGAUCAAGUCCACAGCCAUUGUUCCCAGGAGUGAUGAUAUAUCCCACAGCCAUACUCACCCAUCACUAUGAAAGAGCCUGAUCCUGGCCACUGUCCUCUCUCUAUGUAGUCUCCUCCUAUUAGAAUAUAAGCUCUACAGAUUUCUCAGUACUCUUAGCAUAAUGCUUGACAUGUAAGUGCUUAAUAAAUGCUUUUCAUUCAUUCGUUAUUCCCUGUUCUUCAGCACCCAUUAAAGUGGUUCAGAAUGUAAGCACACAGUAGAUUCUACUACUAUUUGUUGAUGUGCCAAGUGUUCACCAGUGUAUCUGCUCUACUCUUGUCUCCAUAAAUGACUGUAAUGGUCCUGAUUACAUUUUGAUUAUCUCUCGAUUCAC